AUGGACGUGGACAUGGACAUGGACGUGGACGUGGACAUGGACAUGGACGUGGACAUGUACGUGGACGUCGACGUGGACGUGGACGUGGACGUGGAGAACUUGGACGUGGACAUGGACGUGGACGUGGACGUGGACGAAGACAUGGUCAUGGAUGUGGACGUGGACGUGGACGUGGACGUGGACAUGGACUUAGACGUGGACGUGGACGUAGACGUGGACGUGGUCGUGGACGUGGACGUGGACGUGGACGUGGACGUGGACGUGGACAUGAACGUGGACGUGGACGUGGACGUGGACAUGGACUUGGACGUGGACGUAGACGUGGACGUGGACAUGGACGUGGACGUGGACGUAGACAAGGACGUGGACUUGGACAUGGACGUGGACGCUCGUGGACCAGGCAAGCUCCCUGACGAGGCAAGCUCCUUGACCAGGAUAGCUCCUGGACUAGGCAAGCUCCUGGACCAAGCACACUCCUGGACCAUGCAAGCUCCUAGACCAGGCAAGCUCCUGGACGAGGCAAGCUUCUGGACCAGGCAAACUCGCAAGCUCUUGGACCAGGCAGGCUCGUGGACCACGCAAGCUCCUGGACCAGGCAAGCUCCUGGACCAGGCAAGCUCCUUGACUAGGCAAGCUCCUGAACCAGGAUAG